AUGCAUGGAUAUCUAUCUAUCUAUUUCCGUCUGAUCCUAUCUAUCUAUCUAUCUAUCUAUCUAUCUAUCUAUCUAUCUAUCUAUCUAUCUAUCUAUCAGGCUGUUCAUAUCUAUCUAUCUAUGCUUGUUCGUUAUUUAUCUAUUUAUCUAUGUUCAUUAACUAUCUAUCUAUCUAUGAACGUAUGUUCAUUAUCUAUCUAUCUAUCUAUCUAUCUAUCUAUCUAUCUAUCUAUCUAUGAAAGUAUGUUCAUUAUCUAUCUAUCUAUCUAUCUAUCUAUCUAUCUAUCUAUCUAUCUAUCUAUCUAUCUAUGUCAGGAUUCUCAUCACCAUGAUUUUCGUUUUCCUUUCGUUGUUUUCUUCUUUCUUUCCUUUUUCAUAUUCAUUUUCUUUUCAUCAUUUAUUCUUUCUUUCAUUUUUUUCUUUUCAUUAUGUUUUUCUUCAUUUUUUUCUUUUUCCUUUCACUAUGUUUUCUUUAUUUUUUCUUUUUCUUUUUCCUUUCUCUUAAUUAUGUUUUCUUUUUUCUUCUGUUACUUUUUUCUUUUCAUUACGUUUUCUUCUUUCUGUCAUUUUUUCUUUUCAUUGUAUUUUUUCUUUCGUUUUUUUUUCUUUUUCUUUUCAUUAUGUUUUCUUCUAUCUUUCUUGGCUUUUUCUUUUUGUUUUUCCGUUCAUUAUAUUUUCAUCUUUCGUUUCUUUUUCUUUUUCCUUUCAUUCUAUUUUCUUCUUUCUUUCUUUCAUUUUCUUUUUUUCUCUUUCUUCUUUCAUUCUAUUUUAUUCUUUCUUUCUUUUUCUUCUUUUCCUUUUUUCCGUUUAUUAGUCUAUCUUUCUUUCUUUCUUUCUUUCUUUCUUUCUUUCAAUUAUGUUUUAUGUCUGCAUACUUUUCUUUUUUCUUUCAUUCUAUUUUAUUCCUUCUUUCUCUCAUUUUUCUUUUCCAUUUUCCUUUCAUUAAGUGUUCCUUUCCUUUUCCGUUUAUUAUUUUUCUCUCUUUCUUUCUUUCUUUCUUUUUUCUUUCUUUCUUUUCAUUCUAUUUUAUUCUUUCUUUCUUCUUUCUUUCUUUAUUUAUUUCUUUCUUUCUUUCUUUCUUUCAAUUAUUUUUUACGUCUGCUUACUUUUCUUUUUUCUUUUUCCUUCUUUAUUGAAUUUUCUAUCUCCUCGCUCUUUCUGAUUUUUCAUUUUUCUUUCGCCAUUCUAUUUUCCUUUAUAUUUUCAUUCUCUCCACAUUUUCUCUUUAUCUCUGUUUAUAACUAUCUAAUUAUCUUUGGGCAUACCUUUCUAUCCACUAUCGUACAUUUAUCUCUCUCACUCUCGCCCCCUGUCUCUCCAUAUCUAUCUAUCUAUCUAUCUAUCUAUCUAUCUAUCUAUCUAUCUAUCUAUCUAUCUAUCUAUCUAUCUACCUACACAAACACACACACACACACAUACACGUAUAUAUAUUCUGUUUAUAACUAUCUAAUUAUCUUUGGUCAUAUCUCUCUAUCCCCUAUCGUACAUUCAUCUCUCUCACUCUCGCCCACUCUCUCUCCCUAUCUAUCUAUAUCAGUCUGUUCACAUCUAUCUAUCUAUCUAUCUAUCUAUCUAUCUAUCUCGGUCUGA